CUGCACUACGGGACCCUCCUGGGCAGCAGAGCUUGUGCCCACAUGGCAGCAGCUGCCUGGGCCAGUGGCUUUCUCUAUGCUCUCAUGCACACAGCCAAUACAUUUUCCCUGCCCCUGUGCCAUGGCAAUGCCCUGGGCCAGUUCUUCUGUGAAAUCCCACAGAUCCUAAAGCUCUCCUGCUCCAAAUCCCAACUCAGGGAAGUGGUACUUCUUGCUGUCAGUGCCUUUUUGGUAUUUGGCUGUUUUGUGUUCAUUGUUUUCUCAUAUGUGCAGAUCUUCAGGGCUGUGCUGAGGAUCCCCUCUGAGCAGGGACGGCACAAAGCCUUUUCCACCUGCCUCCCUCACCUGGCUGUACUAUCCGUGUUUAUCAGCACAGGCACAUUUGCCUAUUUGAAGCCUCCCAAAAUUUCCUCCCCAUCCCUGGAUCUGGCCCUGUCAGUUCUGUACUCGGUGGGUUCCCAGAAGAGCAGGUUUCAGCUCCACUGGAUCCCAGAGGAGGACCAGAGCGAUUGA